CAUCCUUGGAGAGACGCUGCGCAUUUUACGCACUCAGCGCGCCCGAUCCCUUCAUCAAACCAAAACCGUGAGGAGACUGUGGAGUCGGCGGAGUGCUUCCCGAUGCUGUAGCGACUCCGAUCCGUGGAAAAGUGUGGGAAUUAAUCCAUAAAGAGGCGUAUGAAUCGAGGGUUCCUGCUGUCUGACGCUGGAUUUGGACCAGUUUGCGGGGUUGUCUCCAGUCCACCUGCCACUUUUGGUAUUACUUUUGUUGAAGCAGCAGCUAGCAUUAGCAUCUAGUUUCUAGUUGUCCUCAGCUGGCUGUCCCCACUGGGAGUUAAUCAUUGGCAUCAGCAUUAGUCAGCUUGGGUUUGUUUUAGCUUUUUAUCACGUCAUCUACUUAGCAUCAAACCAUUAGCGUUAGUGUUGGUGGCUAGUUACAGUUAGCUGCCAGUAUGGAACGCAGUAGCUGGAGCGGCAGUGAGAGUCCAGGGGACGACAUGGAAAGACUGAGUGACUCAGGGGGGGAUAAGACCAUGGAUGGGGACCCUGAAGGGGUCUGGAGCCCUGACAUCGAGCAAAGCUUCCAGGAGGCCCUGGCCAUCUAUCCGCCCUGUGGAAGGAGGAAGAUUAUUCUGUCAGAUGAAGGAAAGAUGUACGGUCGAAAUGAGCUGAUAGCCAGAUACAUCAAGCUCCGAACAGGCAAGACGCGGACAAGGAAACAGGUAUCCAGUCAUAUCCAGGUUUUAGCCAGAAGAAAAUCCAGGGAGUUUCAAUCCAAAUUAAAGGACCAGAAUGCCAAGGAGAAGGCUCUGCAGAGCAUCUCCACCAUGUCCUCGGCUCAGAUCGUCUCAGCCACCGCUAUACACAGCAAGCUCCUGCCUGGAAUAGUACGGGCCAGCUUCCCCAGCAAUGCACAGCUGUGGCAGGGGAUGAUUCCUGGAGGACAGUCUAGCUCCGCCUCAGAAGAUAUCAAGCCGUUCUCUCAGCAAGCCUACUCCGUGCAGACAGCGGGGACCACCACAAUCUCAGGCUACGAGCCUCCCACUGCAGCCCAAACACACAGAGAGCCAGCGUGGCAGGGUCGCUCCAUCGGCACCACCAAACUACGACUGGUAGAGUUUUCAUCUUUCCUGGAGACACAGAGGGACCAGGAGGCAUACAACAAGCACCUGUUUGUGAACAUCAGCCAGAGCAGCCCGAGCUACAGCGACCCCCUGCUGGAGUGUGUGGACAUCAGGCAGAUCUACGACAAGUUCCCAGAAAAGAAGGGCGGCCUCAAGGAGCUGUUCGGAAAAGGCCCGCAAAACGCUUUCUACCUGAUCAAGUUCUGGGCGGACCUGAGUUAUAAUGUGCAGGACGACCCAGCAGCCUUCUACGGUGUCACCAGCCAAUAUGAGAGCUCAGAGAACAUGACCAUCACCUGCUCCACCAAGGUCUGCUCCUUCGGAAAGCAGGUGGUCGAGAAGGUGGAGACGGAGUACGCACGGUUUGAAAACGGGCGCUUUGUCUACAGAAUCAGUCGCUCUCCGAUGUGCGAGUACAUGAUCAACUUCAUCCACAAGCUCAAACACCUGCCUGAGAAAUACAUGAUGAACAGUGUGCUGGAGAACUUCACUAUUCUGCUGGUUGUGAGCAACAGAGACACUCAGGAGACCCUACUGUGUAUGGCAUGCGUGUUUGAGGUAUCUAACAAUGAGCAUGGAGCUCAGCACCACAUCUACCGACUUGUCAAGGAAUAACACACACACUUAGACACUCACGCACACAUAUGGCCUUUUGCUCUGUGAUUAAUGGUGACAUUGGAGGUAAAAUGUCUAAGAACUGAAUUCUACAAAAGUGUCUUUCAGCAAAACAACUCGACUUACUGAAGAAGAAAAUGGCUGCAUUUUCACUGCUGCUCACAAAACACCAUCACAAUAAUUGGGUAUUUUUUAUUUAACAGGCAUGAUGCCAAAUCCUCCUCAACAGGAGCAUUUCCACACAUCAAAUCCAACAUGAAUAUCCGAUGUUCAUUAGACGUACAAAGCAAAGUGGCAGUGCAGCCAUAGAAACACAUCAGAAAUCGACCUGGGUGGUUUUUCCCAAGAACACCGUGACUCUGAUAUCACCUGGAGAUGUCAUGUCUCCUGCUAAUUGGUUUCGUGCCCUCUUUCUCAAAGUAAAUUUGUAUUUUGCUAUUCUGUCGAUGGAAAUGAACGUGGUAUUUCUGUCAUGUGCUUUUGGGAAAGUCAACCCAGGGACAAAAAAAAAAAAUCUGAAUAUUCACCCCUGUUGACAAAAGUGUGUGUGUUAUCUGCCAUGAUACUGACGGACACUGAAGGUCAGACCCUGUGUAUCAUCAAUAACCAGAGCAGGAAAUAACACUACUGCAUUAUCAUAUAGUACAGUAUAGAGGUGUUUUUUGUACAGAUUGUCACUGCAAAUUGUGUGAGCUGCAUUCUUGCACAAAAAAGAGGUUUGUUCCCAAAGAAAAGAAAUCAAAUUUUUACCUUUUUGUAUGUUUUCUUUAAAAAAAAAAAAAGAAAGAGAGAAGAAUAACUUCUAAACUUUGGGAAAUUGUUUAUUGAUAGUAGCAUAUAGACUAUAUUUUAAUUCCAGGAACACUAUCUAAAAUGUAUGUUAAUAAGAGAGUAUAAUUGAAAUUGAGAAAUUCAGGUACCUUUUUGUGCAACAAGUGACUCUUCAUUAAGACUGAAUAAAUAAAUGAAUAAACAUGUUAAAGCUAUAAUCCUUACGAUUUCGAUUUGGGCUGUUUUGGGCCUAGUAACUAAUGCAUUACACACCCUGACACUUCUUCAUGGUCAAAGCUGCUCCAUGUUUUGUCACUUGAAUGCUUGUAUGAGAGUUAGUAGUGGACAGUGAGGCUGAUGUCAAUUAGAUAAAAUUACAAACAGCUAAAUUACACACAAAGGAAGCGAUUUAGAUCCAGCACGGCUCUGGUGGACUUUAACGUGUCCAUAUUGACAAAUGUAUUCAAGCCUGAAAUGUUUUUAGGUCCAUAUUUAAAUUGAAACUGCCCUGACCAGAAGCCAUGGCAACUAAAUGUAAUUUUAAGAAAAGUUGUUGAAGAGACAGCUGCCCUUAAUCAGUCCAGGACUUGUUCCUUCCAGUUAGAUGAGACAGUGUCAGAAUUAGUCAUUUAUGAAUCAAAAACCAAAAACUGCUGAUAAAGUGUACUGUAGCAGGUGAUGAUUGGUGGUUCGUCUGUCAUGCUCAGCAGCAUGAAGUGCCUUUGGUUGGUUUCAACAGUGGACAUUUUUAAUCUGUUUCAGAAAAUUCCUGAUAAUUUGGUGUUGUACAUGGUGUAUAGAAAGGUGUUUUAUUGAACAUAAUUAGGUAUCACAUGCUCCAGUUUUCAGUAUUUGAGGGCUUAUUAUCCAAAUCCAGAUUUAAUGGCUGUUUCUUGUUGUGAUUUGAAGUCGGCAGUAAACCAUCUUAAAGAAUCUUUAUUGUUCUUAUUUCACACAGAAUGUUAAAGGAACAGAUUUUAUUUUCCAUUUUAUGGCAACAUGCGUUUACAUUUGUGUAUUACAUGUAUUGGUUGUAUCGGUUAUAAACCACAACUCCAACUUAUGACUAGUAAGAAGACCAUUUUUGAUUUGUGUAUCAUGUAACAUCCCGGCUCUACAAUAGCUAAAAGAGGGGCCUCAUUGCAGAAACUUCCUAAGUCUGAAAUCCUAUUUUAUCUCACUUUGGAGUGACAUUUACAAUUUUUGGUAUUAUAGAAACAUAUUUUUUAACCAUAUUUAGGAAAAAAUCCUGUCAUAUCUUAGGAUAGUAAUUACAAAACUGCCCUGACUUAGGCAUUUCCCAAGUUAGGAAUCCUAAAUUAGGAAGGCAGAUACUGUUGGGUCCCAACAUGGGGGUCCUGAUCCCCCACUAGGAGUCUCCAGAAGCUUACAUUGAAGGGCGUAAGACAACUUUUUACAGAAAAUAUACAGUGGGCCUUUAUCUCAGCAUUUUAUCAAUUUCUGUGAAGAAGACUCAGUUCAGAUGAAUAUCCAAGAUACAAUUUUCGACCCUUGUGGACCGUAAAGAUCUAUUCUAUUCCAUUCUAUUUUCUUUUUAAAAAUCUCACAGGAAAAGGACACGAUGAAGAACUAAACAAAAGCUAUAUUUGCAGAGACUUCGCUUUCUGCAAAACAUCAGGGUGGCAGUGAAAAAAAUGAAUUAAUAUAAAUUAAAACUUAAAUGAAAUAAAAAAAUAUAAAAAAAAAACAUAGAAUACAGACAUAGAAUCAUAGAAAUAUCAGACAUACUCAUCUCUGAUGUAAUCUUAACAGGAAAUGCUCAGAAUUCAUCCAACUUGCUUGUUUUACACAAACCUCCUGCAGUUAUUGCAUUCACUAUUUUGGUCCAUCAUACAGUUUAUCAGUUGUUUCCUCCUCCGACUCAUAGCUAAAAUUGAAUGCCAAUCUUUUUUGGCCCAUGAUAGCAAGCAAACUGACCAGUAAGAGCCACUGAUAAAAUGCCCUUUCUAAAUUUAGUUGUCAUCUAGUAGUUUCUAAUCAAAGAUAGAGGCAUGGCAGGAAGAGUCCAUUGAAGAAUUUAAAGUUACAGUUAAGUAAAGAUAAGAUAGCAGACAAAUAAAACAAUUGUUUCUUUGAUUGGAAGAUUGAAUUUUUUUUAAUCUUUGCAACUUCAGAUAGGACAAUUUGUUUGGAUAUGUUUCUGUUAUGAGGUCCUAAAAGAACAUACUAAAGAACAUUAUUUGCCUUGAUUUAUACAACAAUAAACUUUCCUGUGCGAGCAGCUGGGAUGCUAUGCGGUGUCCAGAAUACCCAGUAAUCUAAAGAGAAAAACUUGCAAAAUUAGUGUGUUAAGGUCAACUUUGACCAUUUUACCAGACCUGAAAGGAGUCAUAUGCUCUUAAAGAUGACUCAGAUUUGACUGGCAUAGAACGACCAUCAGUCUUCCUUCUUUUUGCUAAGAUUUACCAUCAUCCAGAACCACUAUAUUUUGACUCCAUUUGUCGAAAGACUCUUGUGGGUGUCUUUUAGGUUUACAGCCACCUGUCCACAACAAAACGCAAUCCUUUCAACACCGUGGUGGUGAAUCAUUGUCAGGAAAAACCCUUUCAAAAUUCCCCUGCUUUCAACUUUUACAGAGUUUUGUCUCACACUGCAGUGGUUUACUGUUCACAGGCAGGCUACCAGACCUUUGCAGCUGAUUACUUACAUGUAACAUGUACAUGAAAACUUAACGCACGGCCUCAGAUGAGCUGAUUUUGCAAUAAUGACCCUCUGCCUGGACAUUUAUCUACCACCUGCUUACCAAAGACAGUCAUCACUUGACACAGAAUACAGAGGAAAAUGGAUUUAUUACAAGCUAGAGUAUCUUACAAGCUUCUGCCAAAAAGUAGUUUCAAACGCCUGUAGCUCAUGGGCUACACUGUAAAAUUGCACAAAUGUAAGUAAAAACACAACAAAAAAACAAAGUAAGGGACUGUACUUUACUUGUCAGAGUUGGGGGGCUGGCUGGGGCGUGAAACCAUUUUUCUUUAAUAUCCCUCCCAAGAGCUACUGAUAUUUUUCCUGGUUGGGGGAACAUCCAUGACCCUCCUUUCACCAUAGUAAAACAUAAUUUACAGUUUAAAUGAUGUGAUUCUGGAGAAAAUAUGCCUUUCAAACCCAAAUUUUAGGGUUACGAGCAUAAAAAAAACAAAACAAAAUACAACCAUUUAAUGUUUAAUCUCCCUCCCCUAAUAUCAAAACAUACCUCCCUCCCCAGUGCUUAAAAAAUAAUUUGAAGUGCCUCCCAUGUUAUAAUGAACAUUCCCUAAGCAAAAAGUAAUGGAAAUAGAGCUGCACAGAACCAGGUUUAGAAAGUGUACAUUUAACAUGUUUUUGUCUUUAAAGACAUUUUUUAAUUUGACCUUAUUAAAUAUGGACACCUCUUAUCAUCUUGGUUGACAGACUUGGGAAGGACACAGGAAAUGUAUUUAUUAAAAUGCCCCAAAUUUUUAUUAAACUCAACAACUCCAGGGCUUUAUUUUGUAACGUCCAAUUAUAAUCAACUGCAGAAUGUGCUCAAGCUAAAGCCACGCCAAAAUCAGUGUAUACACGUGUCCUAAAGGUUGCUUGUUACUAGUUUUGGAGUCAUUGUCUCCUGUGUUGUUAAUGUUGUCUUGUACUUGCAAGUUUUUUAAAAUCUUCUUUUCUGAACCACACGUGGCACAGAAAUCCUGUCUGUAAUCAGUUCCAAAAUGGCCUUGAAUCUUUUCGCUCUGGUGCAUGUGCAGCUGUAUGUGCACUGAGGGGUUUUUUGAUAAGGUGCUUUAUAUAAAGGUGACAAUAAUGUUUAUUACAGAUGUUGUGUAUAUCUUUGAUAUUCUAAUGUUUAUCCUAUUUUGUGAAGAAGAGAGUACAUUUAGGAAAAUCCAAGCGUUAGUCGUGUGUCUAUUGGUACUGCACAGGGUCUGAUCUUUGCUUUGUACCCCCCCCCGCCCCCAUGGCUAAAAGUAUGUUAGAUAUUUUCUAGCUUUGUAGAGACUUUGUACGCAUAUGCUAUUCAGUUUAAAUAAACGGUCAGUUCCAAACUGUGA